CUUGUUAAGAGAUAGGUUGUGGUUUAUCUUUUGUGCUACGCUUUUUAGUGCCCUCCUGGAGUCGAGUUUGUGGGGCUCGUCGGGAGGUUAAAGAAUGGUAACUUGUUUGAUUAUGCUACGUGCACAAUAGAGCUUUAAUUGAUGGGUCCUAAAACUCAGCAGACCCAGGCUGAGGAGACUGCAGUACAUGUUGCUGUCAGAGUCCGGCCUUUGCUCCCUAAAGAAGUCUUACAUGGACAGCAAUCUUGUGUGUGGACAGAGCCCAGCCUACGAAAAGUGACUUUGGGCACAAGCAGACACUUUCAGUUCCACGAUGUGCUGGAUGAAACAUGCAACCAGGAGGCUGUAUAUGCACUCACUGUACAGUCCCUGCUCGAAUCUUUCUUCCAAGGUUUUAAUGUCACAGUUUUUGCUUAUGGGCAGACCGGCUCAGGAAAAACCUAUACCAUUGGGGAAGCAAGUAUAUCAUCUAUCUCUGAGGACGAUCAAGGAGUUGUCCCACGUGCCAUGGCAGAGAUAUUUAAACUUAUUGAUGAAAAUGACCUAAUUGACUACACAAUACGUGUUUCAUACCUAGAAGUUUACAAGGAAGAGUUCAAGGAUCUUCUUGAAAUACAAACUUCCAGUAAGGACAUCCUUAUACGAGAGGAUGAGAAGGGAAACAUUGUGUUGUAUGGAGUGAAGGAAAUUGAAGUAGAAGGUCUGGAUGAGGUGCUGAGUCUAUUAGAAAUGGGCAGUGCUGCUAAACAUACAGGAGCCACUCAAAUUAAUGCUCACUCCAGUCGCUCUCAUACCAUCUUUACGGUUACCAUGGAACAAAGAAAGAAUGUUUGCCGAGUCACACGAACAACAAAUGAAGAGAAUGACUCAGUCCUUGGUUUUGGCCAGGUUCUGUCUUCCAAAUUCCACUUUGUAGACCUUGCAGGCUCUGAACGAAUAGUAAAAACUGGAAACUAUGGUGAGAGGCUAAAGGAGAGUAUCCAAAUUAACACUGGUCUGCUGGCUUUGGGCAAUGUAAUCAGUGCUUUGGGGGACCCUAAACGGAAAAGCAGUCACAUUCCCUACAGAGAUUCCAAGAUCACCAGAAUAUUAAAGGACUCUCUCGGUGGAAACGCAAAGACAGUCAUGAUUGCUUGUAUAAGUCCUUCUGCUUCAGAUUUUGCUGAAACAUUAAACACUUUGAACUAUGCAAGCCGAGCGCAGAAUAUUAAAAACAAGGCCACUGUCAAUUGCAAAACGGAUCGUGUGGAGGACCUGCAGCAUCAGAUAAAGUCACUCCAGCGUGCUCUAGAACAGAGAUAUAGAUCUAAAACACGGAUUCUAAAUAGGUGUGGCCAAGCCAAGCCUGGCUGUGACCGUUCUAUGGAGGAGCAUGUAUCCCAGUUAAUGGCAGAGUGUGCACAUUACAGGACUUGCACAGAUACAGGAUAUCUUCUCUUAAUGGAGCUUUUAUCAGAUGGCAGCCUAGCACCUGCUCAGGUUAUGAGAAUAAAGGACUGGAUGUGUUCAGUAGAAGAAGAACGGAGUGAAGUUACUUCAGCCUCAGGUCAGGACAGUGGGAUUGAAAGCUCAACUGCUGAAGAAACUGCUAAGGAAAUGGUAAAGAGACCAGCAAAGGGCAAGAUGACUUUGAGAUUUGAAAAUGAUUUGGAGGAAGACAAAGACAAACAUAUUGAAACCCUACAGGGGCAUAUUCAGAGACUUGAAGAUGAGAACAGAGAUUUUCUCGCUGCUUUAGAGGAUGCUAUGGAGCAGUAUAAAUUGCAGAGUGACAAAUUGCAAGAGCAGCAGGACGAAAUCAUUAAGCUACAGACCCAUCUGAAAAAAGUAAGGCCUGGUGUAAGCGUGUCAGCACUAUUAGAAGAUGUGCACUUACUGCAGCUAGGAGAGAGGCCGAGCACAGCCCCUCUUAUUAACAUGUCUGUGGAAAGAAGUAAACCUACCUCUCUCUCAAAUGUGAAACCUAAUUACAAAAAGGUACUAAAGAUUUCAAGCAGCCGUUGCUCCUUAUCUAAAGAAUUUACUGAGAGUUUUCAAACGGAGACACAGAAGCUUAUCUCCAGCAUGGAAGAGGGAGAUAUAGUGCUGCAUAGACAUUUCAGUGAAGAGUCAGAGACUUCUGAUGAAUAUGAAGAAGAGGAAAGUGAAAAUUCUGAGAAGGAAGCUGACAAAUCUAAAAUCUUACAUGGACAUAAAAGACAAGUGAAGAGGGAAAUUAACUCUCAGAACAGAAAUUGUCUUGCUUUGUCUAUAGACAGCGACAAUGAGGAGGCUACAUCAGUAGAGAAGAGUGAGAUUUCAUCACAGUGCAGGAAGAGAGAACAUCUUGUGCCAAGAGAAAUCCAUACCCCUGCAAAGGACUCUAGAUGGAGACUUCGCCAAGCCCAGCAGAAGAUCCGGGAACUGGCUAUUAACAUCCGCAUGAAAGAAGAACUCAUUAAAGAGCUUGUUAAAACUGGAAGGGAAGCUCAAACUAUGAACAAACAAUACUGCCAGAAAAUAUCUGAACUGGAGCGUGAAGCAGAACAGGUUCGGGUGGAAGUCAGUGAGAGCCAGAGACAGCUGCAGGAGCUGGAGGAAAAAGAACUGCGAGAUCCAGUAGAAAAAUCAAAGUUGCAGGAAUAUCGCAAAAAAAUAGCUGUUGCAGAAAGUAAAGUGCAGGUACUGAAAGAGAAAAAGCAGGCUACUGAGAAACUUGUUUCAAUCUCUACACAUAAUGAAAAGAGAGUUCAAGAUCUGGAAAAAAACAUACUUCAGAUGAAACAGCAGCAAAGUCAGCUGCAAAAAAAACUGAAAGAGGAAACCGAGCAGAAACGUCGUUUAGAGAGUGAAAUGCAGAAGAGGAGACAUCGAGUUAAGGAACUAGAGCUAAAGCAUGAACUACAACAGAAAAUGUUGAAGAUUAAAACUGAAGAAAUCGCAGCUUUCCAAAAGAAGAGGAGGAGUGGAAGCAAUGGAUCAGUUAUCAGUCUGGAGGAGCAACAGAAAAUUGAAGAGCAAAAGAAGUGGCUAGAUAGUGAGAUUGACAAAGUGCUUGAGCAACGUCGGGCUUUGGAUGAGUUGGAAGAGGAACUAAAGAAGAGGGAGGGCAUAUUGGUUAAGAAAGAGGCACUUCUGCAGGAGAAAAAUGAUUUGGAGAUCAAAAGGCUUCGAUCCAGCCAGGCACUAAGCAAUGAUAUUGUGAGAGUGUCCAGCCGCAUUGAAGAUCUUGAGAAGGAGCUGUCAGAGAAGAAUGGUCAACUUCGCCAGAGCAGUGCCCAUGACCAGCAGAGGAUUCGAGAUGAGAUCAACAACCUCAGGCAAGAGAAGGACUUGCUGCUGAAGCAGAGAGUUGAUAUAGAUGACAAACUUAGGCAAGGGAACCUUCUCUCUGCAGAGGAAGAAAGGAUUUUGUUCCAGUUGGAUGAAGCUAUAGAAGCUCUAGAUGCUGCUAUUGAGUACAAGAAUGAGUCCAUUACCCAAAGACAACGUGUUCUGCGAGCAUCUGCUAGCUUGCUCUCCCAGUGUGAAAUGAACCUUAUGGCCAAGCUAAGUUAUCUCUCCUCCUCUGAGACUCGAGCUCUUCUGUGUAAAUAUUUUGAUAAGGUGGUUACACUGCGUGAGGAAGAGCACAAGCUGCAAAUUGCAUUUUCAGAGAUGGAAAUGAAGCUGGAGGAGCAACAGCAUCUCUUGGGCUCUCUAGAGGUGGCUUUAGAACGUCAGCGUCUUGAAAUGGAUCGCCAGCUAACAUUACAACAGCAAGAUCAUGAGCGUUAUAUACAACUUCUGCUGAAGCAGUGUCAAGGGCAAAUGGGUGAAGGUCUGGCUGUGAGCAAGCGGCAGUAUGAAGGCAGGAUACAAAUGCUUGAAAAAGAACUAGGCUGGUACAUGUGGGCUUACCAGGAGCUUAGUCAAAGACUGAGUAAACAGACUGUACCCAGUAUGAUCCCUCCUGGAGUUCAUACCAAAAUGUUUCUUGGAGAUGGAAGAACAAUCCCUACAGCUGAGAAACAAGUCUAUUUAGCUGGUUCCUCUGAAGAAAACUGUACAUCUGAAGACAUCAACAUACAGCCAGUUGUGAGGACCAGGGAGGACUUGAUGCAUGUGCCUUUGCCACCUACCUGGAGGCGAUCUUCUCUACCGAGUGAAGAACAUCCAGGACUAGAGGAGAUCCGGCACAGAGAGACUGUAAUAGAAGCUUUAAAUAACAGAGUGGUACAACCAUCUGACAAUGUUUGUCAGAGAAAUGUUAUGUAUCUUCCAAAAUCCCGUAGAGAGCUCCGCAGAUGUAAUGUUAAUGCGAUCCCUAUUUUUUCCAAUGUGGAGAUGAUUGAUGUCCGGAAAAACCCGCUAUAGAAUGCAUUACAUUAUUUGCUUUCCUUUCAUUGAUAGAAGUGCAAGGUUUUGCAUUUAAAGGGAUAUGAAACACAAAAAAAAAAAUUUGUGAUUCACACAGAGCAUACCAUUUUUUAAAAAAAAGUUUCCUAUGUACUUCAAUUAUCACAUUUGCUUAAUUCCCGUAAUAUUCUGUGUUGAACAGAUACCUAGGUAGGCAUCUGGAGCACUACACGGCAAGAAAUAGCAUUCUUGCAAAACUGCUGCCAUAUAGUGCUUCAGAAAUGGGCCGGCUACUAAGCAUACAUCCCUGCUAUUCAACAAAAGAUUCCAAGAGAAUGAAGACAAAUUGGAAAUAGAAGUAAAUUAGAAAGGUGUUUAAAAUCACUUGCUCUAUCUGAAUCAUGAAAUUAUUUUUUGGGGGUUUCAUAUCCCUUUAAGUAACAAAAUAAGACUGCUUAGAAUGUUCUUCUAAAAAAAUAAUACCCUGCAAUAAGGCAAUAUGUUUGCACGUUUUACUCCAUAUUAAUUUAAGCCAACUUUAUUGUAAAUAUUGUUGGAGUCUUUAUAUUCCUAAUGAUGCAAUUGUACCAUAAAACAAAAAGAUCAUUGAUAGUGAUUUCUAAUAUAAGAACACACAUUUUCAAAAUAUUUUGUUUUCAUGUGAUAGAAACAUUUUAACAAAUAACUUGUUCCUGGCUGCUUGACAGGGACAUGAUACAUCCACAAACAAGAUUUAAAGGCCCAACCUGCUUCUGUCUGUCUCAUUCAUUUAUUGCUUGUAUGUCAGAUGGAGAAAUAUUAGUAAAGAACAAUAACAUAUACCUAUAACAGGACACAAGAAGGAGAAAGAUAUCUACUGAUCUGCAUUAUCUGCCAUAAGUGUAUUGUAAAGCUUUUGUGAGUAAUAAAGCACUUAAAAAGUAAA